AUGAACAUCGCCGCUGGGAGCCGCGACGAGGCCAGGAUCAAUGCGACGAAUACGAGCUUCGCACGACUAAUCACCAUCUUCUGUUUCUGGAAAGCCCUUCUUCUCCUCGUCGCCGCUGCAAGUCCAGGUCCAGGCUAUGAUACAUCGACUCACCUGCUGUUGUUUUCCCGACAAAUUCCAGACACCACUACUGUUCCUUCGUGGUUCGAGUACCUCGUACUUCGCUUGACUCGCUGGGAUGCGUUGUACUUUGCCAGUGCAUCCGCGCGUGGCCCAAUAUUUGAGCAGCAAUGGGCCUUCAGUCCGCUUCUCGCCAAGGUAACCUUAGGGCUCGUGGGUGUUUUCUUUUCGCCAGAACGUAGGCCUGGCAUUGCGGCGUACGCAUUUGCAGGCAUCGCAAUCUCUCACAUCUCGCACCUGCUUGCAGUUCUCCUGCUCUUCCAGCUUGCUCACGAGAUACUCCCCGCCAGCCACAGCAGGAAGCACCAGAUCGCAUUCACGACAGCAUGUCUACACAUCACAUCGCCCGCCGGACUGUUCCUCUCGGCGCCUUAUGGCGAGAGCGCAUUCGCCAUGGCAAACUUCGGGGGCUUGCUCUGUUAUGCGAAAGCUAAGCGGAGUUCGCAAUCGCCAGAGAGCAACACAGCAGUCCAGGCGGUUCUCUGGACCAUCACGUCGGGCUUUCUUCUCGGCGUCGCGACCAUGAUUCGCAGUAAUGGUCUCUUUAAUGGCAUCAUUUUUGCCUGGGACGCGAUCGAUUGUCUCCCAGGAGUGAUUGGGAUGCUACAGCAAAGGAAUUGGCCUGCGUUGUUCUCACUGAUGGGCACAUUGAGCGCUGGCAUGUUGAUCGCAUCCGGAUACGUACUCCCUCAGAUCGUGGCAUACAUCGAGUACUGCACGGACGGUAAUGAGAGGCCCUGGUGCAGCACGGCGUUGCCGAGUAUCUACUCAUUUGUGCAAUCAUACUACUGGAAUGUUGGCUUCUUGCGGUACUGGACGUUGUCCAAUCUUCCGCUCUUCGCCCUUGCCACUCCCAUGAUACUCGUGCUCAUUGGCACGGCGUAUGCUACACUGGACAGAAGACAGCUCGUGCAUGUCAUGGACACGAUUUCCAUCAGCAAAAGACCUGACAGUGACUCCGCACAGGCACAGAGCAAGGCUCUGUUCUGGAAUACUAUACCACGCUUGGCUCUGCCUCAACUAAUACUGGCAGGCUUAGCGAUCACGACGUUUCACGUGCAGAUUGUGAACCGCAUCUCUUCUGGAUACCCGGUGUGGUACCUGAUCCUGGCGAUCGCUAUGCAUCCCGAGCCGGGCGCUGGAGAGGUGAAAGGAAGAAGUGUGAUUAGCCUCUGUUCGAGAUACGCCGAGUGGUUGGUGAGAGCCAGUGUUAUGUAUGCGAUCGUGCAGGGCGGAUUGUACGCGAGUUUCAUGCCACCUGCGUAGUAGAGCGGUACUUUGUAGAUGGUUGCAGUCAGGAGAUGGUGAGAGGUGAGAAUGUAUUGAAUGUGCAUACCUAUAUGCCAUUAUGGCAGUACCUUAUGCUUCUCACCAAUAUUCCGCCCAGACUCGAGGAGGGAUACUAUUGUACUGGAUUCGACCGUUUCGUAAUCCUUGCUAUAGGUACUGUGGGUAGGUAGGAGGUACCUACAUUAAGGUAGAUAUAGAUUGUCC